AUCGGUCCUUUGAGGUGUUGGCCUGGGGGCUUGUGUCUGUCACGAUCUAUUGGUGAUAUGGAUGUUGGGGAGUUCAUUGUCCCCGUUCCGUACGUAAAGCAAAUGAAGUUGUCUUCAGCAGGUGGUAGACUUAUCAUUUCGAGUGAUGGAGUCUGGGAUGCCUUGUCUGCAGAAACAGCUCUUGAUUGUUGUCGUGGGAUGGCACCAGAUGCUGCAGCUGCGCAGAUUGUUAAGGAUGCUGUAGGGCACAAGGGACUUCGGGAUGAUACAACCUGCAUUGUGAUUGAUAUUUUACCACAUGAGAAGCUACCCGUCCCGUUACCGCAACAAAAGAAGCAAGGAAAAGGAGUGUUGUUUAAAUCCAUGUUUCGGAAAAAGCCCUGUGACUCAUCUUCUAAUGUUGAAAAAGAGUAUAUUGAGCCAGACAUGGUGGAGGAAUUAUUUGAGGAAGGUUCUGCUUCACUUUCCGAGAGGUUAGAUUCAAAAUACCCGCUCUGCAACAUGUUCAAGUUGUUUAUGUGCGCAGUUUGUCAAGUAGAAAUUAAACCGGGAGAGGGUAUUUCGAUACACAGUGGAUCAUCUAACCCAGGAAAAUUGCGACCUUGGGAUGGCCCAUUCCUUUGCUCGAGUUGCCAAGAGAAGAGAGAUGCUAUGGAGGGAAAAAGACCUUCAGGAAGAAGAUGUGAUAGCGAUAGUGAUUAGCCGACCCUCAUUUGAACUUGAGAGCACUAUCAAUUACUUUGAAGUUGUUCAUGAAGUGGGAAGGUGGUGCUUCUCUUGAUAUUAGUUCCCUUCAAUUUCUCAAUGGGGAUUUACGAUCCGUUUUGGCACUCAACUCAGAAGGAACCAACCUAUCUGGAUCUCUCUUUCUCUCUCAUGUUUUCAUGUUUCAAAUCAGAAGAUCCCAGAUAGAGCCGCAUGCUUUCUUUUAAGUUCUGUUUUCUGACUUCAGAGUGACGUAAAAAACAGUGCCUGCCUCCCUUGAAAAGGGUUGUGGAAGGGCUGGAUGAACUUACUUGUGCUUAACUAUGCAUUGGAGGUAAUUUUCUCUCUGGAUCCAUGCCCUUCUAUUUUACAGAGCUAACAUUGAAACAAACCACUCUUCAAUGUAAUAUUAUUAUAUAGGUGAAAUUGAUGAAACCUCAGGCAGAUUCAUUACACAUUAGGAGAUUGAAAAAAACCUGUCUUCUCUGUUUUUCUGUAUUUGUUCAAAGUAGCUAUCCUUCCAUAUAACUAGGAAGGUAACUAUUAAAUAGAAAGAUUGACAAUUAUUUUUUGUUCUUUUUUGAAGAAAUUUAUCUUUUCAUUCUUUUCUAAUGAUGUUUCCUUUCCCCUGUUUGUAAUAAUUUAGUAUCUCAGUUAAAUUACUGGAUAGCUGCCCAUUUUAUCUCUGUACAAUUCCAUGGUCUCGUGC